AUGAGAAACCACACAAUAACAACAUUCAUCCUUCUGGGACUGACUGAUGACCCACGAAUGAAAGUUCUGAUUUUCAUCUUCCUUUUCUUUACCUACAUGUUGAGUGCAGCUGGGAAUCUGACCAUCAUCUCCCUCACCUUCAUAGAUUGCCGUCUUAGGACAGCCAUGUACUUUUUUCUCCAAAAUUUCUCUUUCUUGGAAAUCUCAUUCACAACGGCUUGUAUUCCCAGAUUUUUGUACAACAUAGCAACAGGUGACAAAAUCAUUACUUAUGCUGCUUGUGCUGCUCAAAUAUUUUUUACUUACCUCUUUGGGAUAACGGAAUUUUUUCUUCUGGCCACCAUGUCCUUUGACUGCUAUGUAGCCAUCUGCAAACCCUUGCACUAUGUAACCAUCAUGAAUAACAGAGUCUGCAAUAGGUUAAUCAUCAGCUGUUGGAUGGCUGGCAGCUGUAUAUUCAUCUACAUCAAACCUUCAGCCAAGAAAGAGGUGGCUCUUAAUAAAGGAGUUUCCCUGCUCAUUUCUUCUAUUUCACCAACGCUGAACCCUUUUAUUUAUACCCUGAGAAACGAGCAAGUGAAGAAAGCCUUGAAUGACUUGAUCAAAAGGAUUACGUUCUUCUUCAAAAAGUAA